GGUCCAAAAUUACCUCUCUAGCUCUGUGGGCUGGGUCUCCUCCCUGUCUGGCUCUGGCCAAGUAGCUUGGUUCACUGUUCUUUGCUGCCUCCUUAGGCCAGUGGGAAGUCACAGGGCAGGUGCACAUUGGGUUGAGGCCAUCCUAGAGCAGGUGAGACAAGUGUCUGCUUUGUGGGAGGGUGGGUCCUGGGAAGGUCCCAUCCUGGGCCGCCUUAGAGGUGGCUGAGAUGUUGGAAGUCAAGGCGGACCGAGGACCUGACUUGAUGGGCAAAGGGAGGAGCCACAGGCAGGGAACGAGUUGGAGCGGUGCCAGCGGCAGGCGGAUGAGGUGACAGAAAUCAUGCUCAACAACUUCGACAAGGUCCUGGAGCGUGACGGGAAGCUGGCGGAGCUGGAGCAGCGUUCAGACCAACUCCUGGACAUGAGCUCGGCCUUCAGCAAGACAACCAAGACUCUGGCCCAGAAGAAGCGCUGGGAGAACGUCCGCUGCCGGAUCUACUUGGGGCUGGCCGUGGGCGGUGGCCUGCUCAUCCUCCUGAUCGUGUUGCUGGUCGUCUUUCUCCCACAGAGCAGCACGGGCAGCAGUGCCCCACAGGCCCAGGGCGCAGGUGCUGCCUCGGGGCCUGGGGAAUGACCCAGCUGGGCCUGGAAGAGGCCGAAGAGCCGCACCGGCCGGUUCUGGUCUUCAGAGAACCCUAGAGUUUGUUCCCAUCUGAGCCACCCCAGUGGGCGUGGAAGGGCAGCCCCGACGUGUGCACCUUUGUUAUUUCCUAUCACACCAGAGACUGGUCCUUGAGGGCAACCUGCUGCACUGGCCAUGCCAGGCCAGCCCCACCUGGAGCUUAGUAAAAGCUGCUGUUUG